UCAGUCGAUACCGCGCGCGAGAGGGGACGCGCGUUCGCGGCAAAAUAACUUAUCGCACAAAUAUCGGUUAAACACUCAAUAUGCCCAACAUUAUCAACGAGGUUAAGUUAGACUUUAAGGAUGUACUCCUCAGGCCUAAGCGAAGCACCCUCAGAAGCAGAAACGAUGUGGAUCUCCACCGAGAGAUCACGUUCCGGAAUUCCGGACAGACGUACCGGGGAGUCCCGGUCAUGGCCAGCAACAUGGACACCGUUGGGACUUUUGAAAUGGCAAGGGAACUGUCAAAGCACGGCCUCUUCACAUGUAUACACAAAUAUUACUCGAUAGAUGACUGGAAGAAAUUCUCAGAGGAACACACAGAAUGCUUGGAACACAUGGCCGCCAGCUCGGGCACUGCCGAGGCGGACUACACCCGUCUCACCGAAAUCCUGGACACAAUCAAAGACCUCAAAUUCAUUUGUCUGGACGUCGCCAACGGAUAUUCGCAACAUUUCGUCGAGUAUGUGAGGAAAGUGCGAGCGGCGUACCCGAAACACACCAUUAUUGCCGGCAAUGUAGUAACUGGAGAGAUGGUAGAAGAAUUAAUUUUAUCUGGAGCAGAUAUCAUUAAGGUCGGCAUCGGUCCAGGUUCAGUGUGCACGACCCGCAUCAAAACUGGCGUGGGCUACCCGCAACUCUCCGCCGUCAUAGAAUGUGCUGACGCCGCGCAUGGUCUCAAAGGACACAUCAUUUCAGACGGCGGGUGCACCUGCCCCGGCGACGUGGCUAAAGCUUUCGGCGCGGGCGCCGACUUCGUGAUGGCGGGCGGAAUGUUCGCCGGCCACGACCAGUGUGGGGGGGAUGUUGUUACCAAACCUGAUGGGAAGAAGGUGAAGCUAUUCUACGGCAUGGCUUCUGCUACAGCUAUGGAGAAGCAUUCGGGGGGCGUGGCGGAUUAUAGGUCCUCUGAAGGUAAAACCGUAGAAGUAUCAUACCGGGGCGACGUGGGCGUCACCGUGAAGGACAUCCUCGGCGGGCUGCGCUCGGCGUGCACGUACGUCGGCGCCGCCAAGCUGCGCGAGCUGUCGCGCCGCGCUACCUUCAUACGAUGCAGCCGGCAGGUCAACGACACCUUCUCGUAACUCAUAAGCCCUGGUACUCGUUCUUUGCUAAAUUCAGUUUUUGGAUAAAAAUAAAAAACACAUUCUCAUUUCGUAACUGGUUACGAAAUGGGAGUAGAAAUUUUCUCUGCGCAUAUGCUUAAAGUUACUACGUUACGUUACGUGUUAUAGGUAGUAACCGAAACACUCUUAUCUGACCAUCGGUGGAUCUUGUAUUUACAGUUAGGUACGAAUUAACACUUAACAGUGUGGACGGUGGUACAAGCAUUAUGUAUAAUAAAAACAGGCUAUGAAACUUAACUGAAUUUGGCAUGGGAAUAGACAAUUUUAAUUUUAAACCUAGUAAGUUAAUUAUGUUACUUCUUUGUACAUGUGGUAAGGUUUUUCAUUAAAGCUAAGCUGCGCUAAGCUUUUAGGUUAGCUUGGCCGAUUUUAUAUAUUAAAGCUGGUUCUGAUAGAAAACCAAUCUAAUUGCUAUAUCACACAAUUGCAAACAAAAGUAAGUACAUUAAAUAUAUCUCUGGUUAUAAGUACUUCGUUAUAAUCUGUUUUAAUAUACAUAAAUGCUAACAGUAUUUAAAAUUUAUAAUUACAGUAUUGUAUGAUUACAGCUGUGUAGCUUAAAGUUAUUUCUCAUACAAAUUAAGUGUUGUACGUGUUUGGAAAAGGUCUGUUCCGAUUGUUUUUUAGGGUUCCGUAGUUAAAUAUUUUUUUACUGUUCCACUGGUGCUAAUACUUGAAUUUAUUUGAGCGGCCUUGCCCAACAGUGGGACUUGCGCUAGGGUAAUCUUACUAUAACUAUAAUGUGGGAAUCCGCUAUGACACAUGGGCUAUUUCUUCAACUUUAUUGCACAAAUAUAUAUACCAAACAGCGACACAUAUCUACAAUUGGCGCAAAGAGAUUGGAGAUUUAAAUAGAAGUACGCAGUGGAAAAUUUGAUCUGAAAUACUUCUAAUUAGUUAAUUACUACUAUACCUAGAUGUCGGCAGGAGAUUUUAGAUGAAUGGUUGAUUGCACACACAAAAAAUAAUAGUAACUAAUUGCAAAAUUCGUGUGUUACUUAGAGAAUAGAAUAGAAAAUAGGGAGCGUUCGUGGCAAAAUAAAAGAAGAAAACAACACGUAACACAACCACGAAAUGGUCCCGAUUCAGCAUGGUGGCAAUACCUAUUCCGUAACGCGUAGAGAUUUGUACGCUAUGUGCGCCAUAGUGGAUUUUCACACUAGUUUACUAUAAUCUAUAAUCUCUUAAUCUAUUAUACUCUUUCUGCGAUCGCUAAACAUUUUCGCUAACUAGAACAAAUCAAAUAGCCUAGAAACAAAUGAAGUGCACUUGCUUUAAUCUGUAUUUGUAGGUUAUGUAUUUCAUAAUUUAUGAAAUAUCUGUAAAUAUUAGUGGCAUAUUGAUCCAUAAAAUGUAUGUUUUCUGGUUAAAAAUACCAAUAGUGUACGAUCCGAUUCCAAAUUUUUCUAAAUGUUUCAAAAUUUGUGACUUUAGUAGCAUUUACCGAGCACAGGCAGAAAAUAUCCCCAGGUGUGGAAAAAAUAAUGAUACCUAGGAUAUGGUGGGGUUAAAAUUUCUGGAGGCAAAAAGUCCAAAAGCGUUUGCUAGUUUAUUAAACUAAGUAAUCUAACACUACAGACUUUAUUAUUCUCAAAUAUAUCCUACAUUAACAAUAAACUGUCAGUGUAAUCCUACAUGUUUAAUGUAUUAUAUCCAGAACAAGAAGUCAAUUAGUCUGGCACUUUUAACAUAAUUCAAUUUUAUAAUUAUAAAUAUUACUAAGAACAAUAUUUUCCGAUUCAUAACUGAUGAGUUGGUUUUGCUUAGCUUAUCCCGUUUUCCCAGUUUCGUAACACGUUACGAGCUAGUUACGAAACUGCGUAGCGUGCGUGCGUAUUAGAGAUGCACCGGAUAUUCGGUUACUAUCCAGUAUCCGGCCUAUCCGGCCAUUAUUCUAACAUCCGGCCGGAUACCGGAUAGUGGCCUACUAUCCGGCCGGAUACUGGAUAGUAACAUUGCUUGAUUUCGGAGUAAACAAAAUUGGAAUUAGAAACAGUCACGUUAAUAAUCGUACUCGUUUAUUAUUUUAAAACAAUUUAAACAUUCCACUCACUUGCACGCGCACUCAUUUCGAAACUAGAAAUUAUUUCGCGUGAACAUUCACUACGAAACAGGUCAAAACCUGCAUAAUGCGCACCUGAAAAACCGAAAUGUAGGUAUAAUUCCGCCGGCCGUAUAUUCGGCGGCCGGAUACCGAAUAUUCGGCCGAUGGUCAGGCCGAAUAUCCGGUAUCCGGUAUCCGCCCCAACAA